CAACCCCUUUUCGUCUCCACCAUAGAGAAUUGAAACCCUUUCUUUUGGCUGGGCUUUGGGGAGUGGACCCACUCCCCUCUGCAAACCUUAUAAAGAGGACACACCCAUCUUUGCUUCUUGUCUACUGUUCCUGCAAGGGGGUGAUGCAAGUGCCUCAUCAAAAGCAGUUGCCAUGAGCCUCUCCGUUCACCUUCUCGUGCUCUUCCUUCUCGCGUUGACACAGCAACAGACACCCACUUUUGCUGCCAAAAAGCCGUACGUAGUUUACUUGGGAUCCCACUUGCACGGCCGGGAUGCUUCAUUGGCUGAUCUGAGUCGGGUGACAGAGUCUCACCAUGAGUUUCUUGGCUCUUUCUUGGGAAGCCGAGACGAUGCCGAGGAGGCCAUCUUCUAUUCGUACACGAGGCACAUCAACGGCUUCGCCGCGACUCUUGAAGAUGACGUAGCUGCCAUAAUUGCCCAGCACCCAAGAGUGGUGUCGGUUUUUCCGAACAAGGGCAAGAAACUCCACACAACAAGAUCGUGGGAGUUUCUAGGUCUCGAGCAAAACGGCGUGAUUUCUUCCGAUUCAAUUUGGAAGAAGGCUCGAUUCGGUGAAGAUACCAUCAUUGGGAACCUUGACACAGGGGCGUGGCCAGAGUCGGAGAGCUUUAGCGACCAAGGGUUGGGACCGAUUCCUCCAAAGUGGAAAGGAAUCUGUCAAAACGACAAGGAUCCUAGCUUUCGCUGCAACAGGAAGCUGAUCGGCGCCAGAUACUAUAACCAAGGCUACGCCGCCGCGGUGGGACCCCUCAAUGCCUCCUUCGACACCCCCCGCGACCAGGAGGGCCACGGGUCCCACACCCUCUCCACCGCCGGCGGCGGCUUCGUCGCCGGCGCCAGCGUCUUCGGCUACGGCCUCGGCACCGCCAAGGGCGGCUCCCCGAGGGCCCGGGUCGCCGCCUACAAGGUCUGCUGGCCGCCGGUCGCCGGCAACGAGUGCUUCGACGCGGACAUCCUGGCCGCCUUCGACGCGGCCAUACACGACGGCGUGGACGUCCUCUCCGUCUCCCUCGGCGGCGACCCCACCCCGCUGUUCAACGACAGCAUCGCGAUCGGCUCCUUCCACGCCGUGAAGAACGGCAUCGCCGUGAUCUGCUCGGCGGGGAAUUCCGGGCCCGACGACGGCACGGUCUCGAACAUCUCGCCUUGGCUGAUCACCGUGGCGGCUAGCACCAUGGACCGGGAUUUCUCCAACUACGUGGUGAUCGGCAAUCAGAGGCGAUUCAAGGGUGCAAGCUUGUCGCCGGAUUCCUUGCCCGGAAGCAAGUUCUACAAGCUGAUCAGCGCAGCAGAUGCAAGAUUGCCCAAUGUGUCGGUCCUCGAAGCGCUACUCUGCAAGAAUGGAACGCUUGAUCCGAGAAAGGUGAAGGGGAAUAUCGUGGUUUGCCUUCGAGGAGAUAACGCGAGGGUCGACAAGGGAGAGCAGGCCUUCCUGGCCGGCGCGGUCGGGAUGGUCCUUGCCAACGAUAUUCUCUCGGGUAACGAAAUCAUCCCGGACCCACAUGUCCUUCCCGCAUCUCACAUCAACUACACCGACGGGUCUGCCAUCUUUAGUUACAUCAAAUUGACUAAGUUUCCCAUUGCUGAGAUCACACGUGUAGUGACAAUUAUGGGCGUGAAGCCAUCUCCAUUCAUGGCGGCCUUUUCCUCUAAGGGGCCGAACACCAUCACACCUGAAAUUCUAAAGCCGGAUAUUACUGCACCUGGAGUCAGUGUCAUAGCUGCCUACACUGAAGCAGUGGGGCCGACAAAUGAGGAUUUCGAUAAACGCCGGAUUCCUUUUAAUGCGGUGUCGGGCACCUCGAUGUCGUGUCCUCAUGUUUCUGGCGUAGCUGGUCUUCUGAAAACUCUACAUCCAGAAUGGAGUCCUGCUGCAAUUCGAUCGGCAAUCAUGACGAGUGCAACGAUACAAGAUAAUGCAAUGGAACCGAUCAUCAAUGCCUCCUACUACAAGGCGACUCCUUUCAGUUACGGAGCUGGACACAUCCAACCCAACCGUGCUAUGGACCCUGGCCUGGUUUAUGAUCUGGGAAUUAAAGAUUAUCUCAACUUCUUGUGUUCUCUAGGUUACAAUGCAACUCAGAUCUCAAUGUUCUCUGCCGGUGCCUAUAAUUGUUCGAAACGCAUUAGUCUUCUAGACUUCAACUAUCCUUCGAUCACGAUUCCUAAGCUCUCAAGAUCAAUUAUGGUGACUCGAACUGUGAAGAAUGUUGGCUUGCCAGGGACCUACAAGGCGUCGAUUCUGCAACCAAAUGGAGUUUCGGUUGUUGUCAAGCCUGCCUACCUGACGUUCAAAAAGAAGAACGAAGAGAAGUCUUUCAAGGUCGUGCUGAAGGCGAACGGAGCCAAUGCGACGAAGGACUACUCGUUCGGAGAGCUGAUAUGGUCGGACACUGAGCAUCAUGUGAGGAGUUCUAUUGUUGUGAAGGCCAUCUCAUGACUGUUAUUAUAGUGCCGAAGAAUGGCCUUCAUGAAUUUAAAAUAAUGGUUUGCAAAUUAUAAGGUGUUGAAAUUUAUAAAUCUGGAAACUAGGUUUAAGAUUAUUAUUUUUAUUCAUCUAAAAGCUAAUCGGUCUUUACAACGAGAGCAUUGUGCAUUCUAAUCACGAAAGCAUGCUUCACAUCUGCAAAAGAACUCGGUUCUCUUUCUUCUU